UUCUGCAGCUGGGUUUAGACAUUCAACACAAAUUCCUGCAGCUUUGUGGCUAUCGUAUCUGAGCUUUGACUUGUCAGGUGAAUUAAUCCUAUCAAGAGCCAGAUGCUCAUUACAUUGUACACGCCCUUCUGCAGCUGGGUUUGGACAUCUAAAACAAAUACCUGCAGCUUUGCGGCUAUAAUAAUAGUUGUUAUCCUGAUUGUACCUUGACUUUGCCAGUGAACGAUGCUUAUCACAUUCUAUAUGCCCUUCUGCGGCUGGAUUUAAACAUUUAGUACAAAUGCCCGCAGCUUUUCGCCGAUAAUAAUAUCGCAUGUUUUUCGUAUUCGCCUUAGCUGCGUGGCCUGGACAGAAAACAUCCCCGGCCUUUAUUUUCUUUUGGCAAAUAUCUACUAUGCAUUCUGUAGACUUCUCGUUAGGCUUGGGGGCUAUUGGUGCGGUUGAUUUUGAUUGUUUCCUCGUGAUCGCCAUCUUGGUUGUCGCUGUAAAUGUUGUGAUGAAAGUACAAAUAGCUUGGUACACAGGAAUAACCUUCUAGUAGGAAUGCCUCUAUAUAUCCAUAUUAUUAACUUACGUAUGAUAGGGUGUUCAAUGGAGUUGUAUGUGUAUGUUAAGAAACAAUGGAUUGUUUUUUCGCGGCGAAGCAAAGAACUUGUGGGUUAUUACAGUAAUACAAAUAACUUGAUAUUAUAAUAUCCUAAAAAUUUGAAUAGUUUGAGAUAGUAGAGUCCCGAGGAUAUGGAACAUUGCGGGGAUUGUUUUGAUUGUUCUUAUGUUGAU